UGUUUUUUUAAACAGAUAUCAGAGGUUUAUAUAUAACAAUGAAAAGCUAAGUAGCUACAGAGAGCCAAAGAAGCUUCUUUUCUGCAUCAACAAAAACCAGCUCUUGCAGACCUUAGCAAACCAUUCUCUUGAUCUUGUUUACAAAUUUCUCAACUUUUUUGGUGGUCUGUAAUUUUCAAGUUCUUUCAUUUUGAACAGCAACUUUGAUGUCUAUACCAAAAGAACAUGAUUACAUAGGCUUAUCAGAGACUUCUUCUCCUAUGGAAAGAAUCUCUGAUAAGCUUUCAUCCUCUUCUUCUUCUUCCUCUACUCUAUCAACUGAAGAGAACAGCAACAAAAACAAAACUUCUCUCAACCUUAAAGAAACUGAGCUGAGGCUUGGUUUGCCUGGGUCACAGUCCCCUGAAAGAAAACCACUGACUGGGGUCUCUCUUUUUGGAAAAGAUAUUGAAACCAACAAUAAUGGGUACUCUCUUAGCUCAUUAAAGAAUUUGGUCUCAGGGGCUAAGAGAGGUUUCUCAGAUGCCAUUGAUAGCUCCUCUGGAAAAUGGGUUUUCUCUGUCAAUAAUGGAUCUGAGACUGAUUUGAGUAAAGGAGCUGUCUUGUUUUCUCCUAGAGGUGAUAAUGGUAAUACCCAGAAAUAUUGUGAAUCUGAACCGGCCAAGAAAGAGGUUGUUGGUGUUAUUGCUCAAUCUCCAAAGCCAGUUCAAGGGAAGAGCAGUGAAGUCUCUGGUGCAAAUGAGAACAGUAAUGCUCCUGCUGCUAAGGCACAGGUGGUGGGGUGGCCACCUAUCCGUUCUUUUCGAAAGAACACGAUGGUCUCUAAUUUGGCAAAGAACACUGAAGAUGCUGAAGGCAAAUCAGGAUUUGGGUGCCUCUAUGUAAAAGUUAGCAUGGAUGGUGCACCAUACCUUAGGAAGGUUGAUCUCAAAACCUACAGCAACUAUGUGGAACUCUCAUCUGCUCUUGAGAAGAUGUUCAGUUGCUUUACUAUUGGACAAUGCGGCUCAGGAUUUCCAGGGCGAGAUGGCCUGAGCGAGACUUGUUUAAAAGAUCUUCUCCAUGGCUCUGAAUAUGUUCUCACAUAUGAAGAUAAGGACGGUGACUGGAUGCUUGUCGGCGAUGUGCCCUGGGAGAUGUUUACGGACACAUGCAGGAGAUUGAGGAUCAUGAAAGGUUCAGAGGCUAUUGGGCUUGCUCCAAGGGCCAUGGAGAAAUGUAAGAAUCGUAAUUAGUCUAUAAGCAUAUCAUUGAGCAAGGAAACUCAAAAUGAAGUUCUUGAAAUUGCAAGUCCGUCUGAAGAUUAUUCAAAUUGAGCUCUUUGCUCAUUUGCAAUAUGUAUUUGGAAAUAUCACAGUUUGCUGUAUUUAGUGAAUUGUCAGGGAAAAAAUGUCUAUUUGGAGACAAAUAUUUAAGUAUGCUUAGUUAAACUUGUUCUCUUAGCUUUACUUUUUCCAUGUGUACUUCAAUUGUGUAAAUGAAUGGGUUGCUUGUUAUUAUAAUCUCCACCUUUAUCUAAAGAGAGAAGAGUUUUGUGUUCAA